AUGGCUAUAAAUCCUAGUGGUUUCAUCUGUUUUCUGUCCAAGUCAUAUGGUGGUAGAACUAGUGAUUCAUUUAUUAAUAAUGAAAGAGGAUUCUUAUCAAAAUUAGGAGAUGAAGUUCUGGCAGAUAAGGGCUUCCAUUUCAUCAAAGUAGUCUUGAAAGCUUCGAAAAGUAUUCUCGUUGUACCACCUAUUCUUCACAGUGGUCACUUUUAUGAGGAUAAAGUAUUAGAAACAUAUACCGUUACUAGUGUGCGCAUUUACAUAGAAAGGGUUUUUAAAUAA